AUACAUACCAACCUUAACCAUCUAAGGUGUAGUAAAAGAGUUCAUUAAUAUCCUAUCUUCAAAUAUACUUGGUCUCUUUAGAUCUUGACUUUUGCAUUGUAACAUUAAGAACUUGUUAUCAAUGGCUGUUUCAUCUUAUCAAUCUAUCAUGUCUAGCUCCAUUACAAGCAGCAUUUCUAGCAGGCCUAGAGUUAACCAAUUUAACAACAUCCCUUCUGUGUAUAUGCCUAGCUUUAAAAGGAAUGCUAGCUUGAAAGUUCGAUCUAUGGCUGAGGAAGGGCAGAAAGAGCAACCAAAGGUGACUCCACAGCCUGCCUCUACUACUCGUUCACCAAAGAUAAGCACAAAGUUUUCGGAUUUGAUGGCUUUUGGUGGGGCAGCACCUGAAAGAAUCAAUGGAAGGUUGGCUAUGAUUGGUUUUGUAUCUGCAAUGGGGGUGGAAUUAGCAAAAGGGCAGGGUUUGUUCGAUCAAAUAUCUGGUGGUGGAAUCCCAUGGUUCUUGUAUACAAGUGUGUUGUUGACAGUUGCUUCUUUGGUUCCAUUAUUUGAAGGUGUUAGUGUUGAGUCUAAGUCAAAAGGUAUCAUGUCCUCAAAUGCAGAGCUUUGGAAUGGAAGAAUUGCUAUGUUGGGUUUGAUUGCUCUGGCUGUUACAGAAUAUGUUAAGGGUACUGCCCUUGUGUAAGUAGAGUUUUAUAGGGACAUGAUUAAAGUCUAUAGGGUUUGUGGUUAGAAGCCAAAGAUAGAACCUUAUGUAUAUUCUUAUGUAAUUUCUUAAAUAAUAUUUUAGCAUUGAUAAGCACAUUUCUUAAUA